AUGGGUAAUAAAGUGAAUGGGCAGACUCUCGUGGAUAACGAAGUGAAUGGGCUGACUCUUGUGGGUAACAAAGUGAAUGUGCAGACUCUUGUGGGUAAUAAAGUAAAUGGGCAGACUCUCAUGGGUAACAAAGUGUAUGGGCAGACUCUACUGGAUAACGAAGUGAAUGAGCAGAGCCUCGUGGGUAACAAAGUGAAUGUGCAGACUCUUGUGGGUAACAAAGUGAAUGGGCUGACUCUUGUGGGUAACAAAGUGAAUGUGCAGACUCUUGUGGGUAAUAAAGUAAAUGGGCAGACUCUCAUGGGUAACAAAGUGUAUGGGCAGACUCUACUGGAUAACGAAGUGAAUGAGCAGAGCCUCGUGGGUAACAAAGUGAAUGUGCAGACUCUUGUGGGUAAUAAAGUAAAUGGGCAGACUCUCAUGGGUAACAAAGUGUAUGGGCAGACUCUCCUGGAUAACGAAGUGAAUGAGCAGAACCUCGUGGGUAACAAAGUGAAUGGGCAGACUCUCGUGGGUAACAAAGUGAUUGGGCAGACUCUCCUGGAUAACGAAGUGAAUGGGCAAACUCUUGUGGGUAACAACGUGAAUGGGAAGACUCUCGUGGAUACAGAGCUGAUUCUCCAGGUAAACAGUAAAUUGACAGAUAGUCUGGGUAUGGAGUGA